GGCGAUCAAAGCGUUUUAGCCACUCUCGCGACUCGGACGUGGCUCAAAUCACGGAAAAUGUCGCUGUGGAAUGCUCUGGUCAAGGUGCAGGCGUAUAUAUCACUGAUCGGCUUGGUAGCGAUCACUCCACUGCUCAUCGUCGCCGCCGUGCUGAGGCAGUUGUUCGCGAAUCUCUGCUGCUGGUGCUCAUCCCCGAAGAGCAUCGCCGGUGAAGUGGCCGUGGUUACUGGCGGCGGUCAUGGUCUGGGACGCGCCAUUUCCCUGGAGCUGGCCAAGAAGGGAUGCCACAUUGCUGUGGUGGAUAUCAACUUGUCCGGCGCCGAGAGAACGGUUAAGGAAAUUAAGGAAUGCUAUGAUGUUCGGGCUAAGGCUUACAAAGCAAACGUGACAAGUAUUGGGGAACUCGCUGAGCUGAACAAAAAAGUGGUCGUUGAUCUGGGACCGGUAACUGUUUUGGUUAACAAUGCGGGAGUUUUGCUGCAUAAAAAUUGUGUAAACCCUGAACCCGCUGAAGUGCAGCUUAUGAUCGAUGUUAACCUAACGGCACACUUCUGGACCAAGUCCGUUUUCCUACCCAAAAUGAAAGAGUUGCGCCGAGGCCAUAUUCUCACCAUCAGUUCUCUGGCAGCCCUUUUUCCGCUGGCCUACAGUUCGACUUACUCAAGCACCAAGGCGGGGGUGGCUACCCAUAUGAGGGCCCUACGCAUGGAGCUGUUUAUGGAGAAGCAGAAGGACAUCCACGUGACCACCGUAUUUCCCGCGUUCCUGUCCACCAACGAAGAGGUGACGGAGAUGACUGGCCAAAUAGGAGUCGGUAACAUAUAUCCGCUGAUCAGUGGCCAAGAAGUGGCCCAGCGCAUUGUGAACGGCAUGGUGCGCGGCGAGCGGGAGAUCAUGCUGCCAGGCUUCGUUUCCCUGGUAUAUAGGCUGUUGAAUCUCAUGCCCUCUAGCUGGCAAAUGCUUGGAAUUUUACUGAUCACUGGCACCACGUUCAGGAAGUUCCGAGAUAUACGUUCCUAAGCGUAAAUAUGUGACGUGAUAAUUAAAAGUAUUCCAGGUUGCGGGCCAGAAAAA